UUUGGGAUUGUUGUGAUGAGGAGGCCGCAGCCAUCUUGGAUCAGCGCCGCUCCGCACAGAGCAGCGUUCGAAGGAGGACGACGUUAACGGCGGCGCCAGCGAAGCUAACGUCAGCUCCUCGGCCCCGGAAAAGCCUCGACCCGUCUCCGUCACGAUGCUCCACGAACGCCCUCUUCCUCCGUUUGCCGCCGCCUCGAACGCAUAAAAAGGACGAUGUCUGAAAGCAGCGUGAAGCGUCUAACGUAAUAGUUCCGGAGGAGGAAGGUGGGAGGAGGCGACGACGGUGCAGAUCCUCGGUCUAUGUUUCCCCAUUUCUGGAUAGAGGAGCUACUAUGAAUGGAGGAUAAAUGUUGCCGAAGGCUGACAGCAGCAGUUUCGUCCUCUUCUCUCUCCUCUUCGUCCUCACGUUAACGGACCCACCACGGACAGGUCCACGGCUAGCUCUGGCAAGAUUAUUGUCAGAGCAGCGCUGCGGCCCCGGGCAGUUUGCCUGCCGCAGUGGGAAGAUGCAGUGUAUCCCAAUGUCCUGGCAGUGCGACGGCUGGACAGCAUGCGACGACAAGAGUGACGAGAUGGACUGUCCCCCUGUGAAGGAGGAGAGGUUCCGGUUCGGUAACGGGCUUGACCAGGUGGAAGACGUCAUUGGCGUGGCGCAGCCUGUGCGCUUCAACAGUUCUCCCUGGUCCACAGAGAAAUGCCCCAACGGGUGGCACCACUAUGAGAAGACCGCCAGCUGUUACAAAGUGUACCUGCGGAACGAGAACUACUGGCAGGCCGUGGACACGUGUCAGAAGGUCAACGGCUCGCUGGCCACGUUUGUGACCAACGAGGAGCUGCAGUUCAUCCUAAAGAUCGAGGUUGACUUUGACGACAAAGUCUGCGAGCGCAAAGACCAGUGCAAGUUUUGGGUGGGCUACCAGUAUGUGAUCACCAAUCAGAACCACUCCCUGGAGGGCCGCUGGGAGGUAGCUUACAAAGGAUCGAUGCAGGUGUUUCUUCCACCCGAGGGUCUCACCAGUUUCGGGGAGGCGUCUCCCACCCAGGAAAACGUCUUCUGUGCUCAGCUCCAGCGCUUUCAGAUCAAAAGCAUGAAUGAACGAGGCCUUCACAGCUGGCACGCCGAGAACUGCUACAAGAAGUUCCCCUUCCUCUGCAAGAGGAGGCAAACGUGUGUGGAUAUAAAAGAGAAUGUCGUAAACGAGGGCUACUACUUCACCCCCAAGGGGGACGACCCGUGUCUGAGCUGCACGUGUCACGACGGCGAGCCGGAGAUGUGCGUGGCCGCGCUGUGCGAGCGGCCGCAGGGCUGCCAGCACUUCCGCAAGGAUCCUAAAGAGUGCUGCAAGUUCACCUGCCUGGACCCAGAAGGAAACAGUCUCUUCGACUCGAUGGCCAGUGGAAUGAGGCUGAUCGUCAGCUGCAUCUCGUCCUUCCUCAUCCUGUCCCUGCUGCUCUUCAUGGUGCACCGACUCCGACAGCGACGGCGCGAACGCAUCGAGACUCUGAUUGGAGGAAACUUGCACCACUUUAACCUUGGAAGACGAGUCCCCGGCUUUGACUACGGCCCGGACGCCUUCGGCACCGGCCUCACUCCCCUGCAUCUGUCUGAUGAUGGAGAGGGAGGAGCCUUUCAUUUCCAGGAGCCUCCGCCCCCGUACGCAGCCUACAAGUACCCCGACAUCCAGCACCCGGACGACCCCCCUCCCCCGUACGAGGCCUCCAUCAACCCGGACAGCCUCCUCUACGUGGACCUCGGUCACAGCAGGGUGUCCAUGGUGCCGAGCCAGAUGAACAACAUGGUGGACGGCCUGCAGGCGGAUAUUCCCAACACGUCCUGCCCCAUGCCGGGCUCGGCGCCGGCCACUCAGGAGAGGGAGGACUCCAUAGAUAGCAGCACCCUCCUGGUGGGGCCUGACACGCCGACAGAUGGCCACGCCCCCGCCCCCAUGCCUGCAGACUGCACCUCCCUCAGCACCGUGGUAUAGGACCGUGGAGGGGGGGCAGGAAGCUGCACCCGGACAUUACCUGCUGGUGGAGGAAGGUCGUGAGGACGUCCCGCACACAGGAGAGGACACAGCACGUUGUUGUGUCAUUCAUGUAAAACGCUGACGGCCGAGAGGAGCGUUAUUAUUUGUACAGACGAAUCAGGAGCUGGAGCAGCCUGGUCUCUUCAAGGUCACGGGGUCGAUUUCCUGAUUCUGAAAAUUUCGCAGUUGGACUUCUGACUUUGUUUUUAGUUUUUUUUUUUCCCACCAGCAACCGAGGCAGCAGAGAGAGAACUGUCUCUGUGCAGAGAAGAAAAGCAAUGUGUUCAAUCUGAGACAGCUCCACGUUGACAGAGCAAAGCUUUUUGAAAACAUCUCAGUUGACCUAGACGCCCUGAUGUAAAUACCCCCCCCCCCCCUCAGGUCUGUGCCAGUCAGAUUUGUAAUACUUAGUGUUUUAGUCCAGCACAAGACAGGGAAACAAUGACAGACGGACGAUGAAGCCAGCUUUUUGUUCCUCGUGCUUUUUCUGUUUGCGUGAUUUAAACAUCUGCAAAAUCCUGAUCCCAUCAGAACCCGUCUGUCGCAGCAUGACAUUUCUACUCGCUCGUCCAAAGCUUCUGACCUUACACUUUCUUAUGAGUCUGGUACAUGAAGCCGUCUUCCAGGUUUGUAGCUCAUAUUUGCAGCGAGAGAUGUUUUGUAGUGACGAGGUUUAACCUCCAGAAGAAGGUACGAUUAGUUUCCUCCUGUAAGGUUUUCUUCUCAGCUGACACGACGUGUUCUGUAUCAGCGAAUGUUGUAGGAACCGAUAAAUACUGAACUUGUGUUUCUCUUUGAUGAUUAUUUAUGACUGCCGGUUGUAACCCUGAUUGAUUUAUUGUGGGACGGUCGCGGUGGCGCUUUUCAAGUGUGCAGAUAAGUGAUGAUCAGUUAAAUUUGAGGCGAACAAGUUUAUUUGAAAUAACAAAUUAUGAUCGUAAAGUCGUUGAAUUACGCAGUGUUGUUACUUUGUCAACUCUUCACAGGGUAGUUGUGUAAUCGAACCAUGUUCAGUAACGAAAGCUCAUCCCUCGAUUAAAUUUUUUUUAUUCUAUUUGGAAAGAUGAUUUGUAAGUUGUCCCAUUUGGAUGCUGACUGUGUGUGUGUGUAUGUAUACGUGUGAGUGUGUGUGUGUGUGUGUGUGAGAUCUCUCAGUACAUCUGUUAUCAAGCUUGUUUUUCAGCUACUGACGUCACUGACUGUAGAUGUGAAUCGUUUCUGUUUCGGUGUUGAUGGGUCUGUUCUUGUUUCUCAGUUGGUUUGCAGCAAAAUAACAAAAAAAAAAAUUGUUAUAAAGGAAAAGUGUGAAAAACUUGAUAAUCCCCGGUUACCACGACAAUCGUUUGACUCCCCCCGAGGAUGAUUUGAUCAGACGAGCCACGACCACCAGCAUCCAACUUUUGAUCGGACAUUUACCAAAACAGUUGUGAACGAAUGACUGUGCAACAUCUGUCAUGUUUCGAUGUUCUUUAUGAAAUAUUGUUUUGUUCUUUUGCGCUAUCCCCCCCCUCCACAGUGGAUUCUCCAUCAAACCAGAUCUCCUGAAUUGUCGGGUCCGUAACAUGCAUGUGCGUAAACGAGGUGGAGCACUGCUCUGGAUCUCUUUGAUUUUCUCAUCAACGCUUGUUUGGUUGAAAUGUUUCUGCGCUGCGGUGCAUGUUUUUAAUCCUCUGGCAUGCUGAGAGAUGUUUUAUUUUAGAUUUAUUAUUAUUUAAAUCAUUUUGGAUGGAUAUACUUUUAGCUCAGCAAGUGUGUGUGUCCUGUACAGUCGGUUCAAAACCUUCCUGCAUUUAGUUCAAAUUUCUCUGUGUGCGUCCAGGACCCGAACAGCAGCAUUUACACUGUAGAUCCUGUGUAGAGCUAACUUUAUUGGAUUUUGAAAUGUUUUAUGUAAAAUAUGAUAAAUCGCUACUGUCUUUUAUUUCUUUAGCCUUUUAAAUUUUACAAAAAUGCUUCAUUUGCAGAGGGGAGGUGGGAGGGGCCUGUGUUUUUAUUUCUUUUUUUUCUGAGGUAGAUGUACAUCUAAUCAAAUGCCAAAUAAAUUGCACCAUGAA